AUGACAGAGGAACCAAGACAAAUCUCAUUCAACGUUUCAGAUUACUACCAAAUCCUCGAAAUCGUCGGUGAAGGGGCCUACGGGAUCGUUUGCUCGGCCAUCCAUAAGCCAACCGGGCAGAAAGUGGCUAUCAAGAAGAUUGUUCCUUUUGAAAGAUCCAUGUUCUGUCUUCGGACCCUUAGAGAACUUAAGCUUCUCAAACAUUUCAACCAUGAGAAUAUCAUCAGUAUAUUGGAUAUUCAGAAACCUCUUUCAUACGAAACUUUCAACGAAGUAUAUCUUAUCCAAGAGCUCAUGGAAACCGAUUUGCACAGAGUCAUCAAGACUCAACAAUUAACUGACGAUCAUUGUCAAUACUUCAUUUACCAAACAUUGAGAGCCCUUAAGGCUAUGCACUCUGCCAGCGUGCUUCAUCGUGAUUUGAAGCCUUCCAACUUGUUACUCAAUGCCAAUUGUGACCUCAAGAUCUGUGACUUUGGUCUUGCUCGUUCAGUAGCCUCUUCCGAGGACAACUUCGGGUUCAUGACCGAAUACGUCGCUACAAGAUGGUACCGUGCCCCAGAAAUCAUGUUAACUUUCCAAGAAUACACAACUGCCAUCGAUGUGUGGUCGGUUGGGUGCAUCCUUGCGGAGAUGUUGAGCGGUAAACCACUUUUCCCUGGCCGUGAUUACCAUAACCAAUUAUACUUAAUCAUGGAUGUUCUUGGGACGCCAUUGAUGGAAGAUUAUUAUGGCAUUAAAUCUCGCCGUGCUCGUGAAUAUAUCCGUUCCCUCCCAUUCAAAAGAAAGGUUCCAUUCGAUCAAAUGUAUCCGAAUGCUAAUCCUCUUGCGCUUGACCUUCUUGAAAAAUUAUUAACCUUCAACCCGGCCAAACGUAUCACUGUUGAUGAUGCUUUGAAACACCCAUACUUGAAAUUGUACCAUGAUCCAAACGACGAGCCAAAUGCUCAGCCUAUCCCUGACGACUUCUUUGAUUUCGAUAAAAAGAAGGACGAUUUGAGCAUUGACGAACUCAAACAAUUAUUAUAUAAUGAAGUGAUGGCGCCAUUAUUUUGA